AUGGAUGGUGAAAGCAUUGACGAAUUUAAUACCGUAGAUCAAAGUUUUUCAGAUAUCGUCCCAACUUUGAACAUGUGUUUUGACACUAUGGAAGAAGCAAGGAAAUUUUAUUGUGAUUAUGGAAAAAGAUGUGGUUUUGGUGUUCGAACAAGAACUUCAAAGAAGGACAACAAUAACCAAGUGUAUUACUUGAGAUUAGUAUGUUCAAGGGAAGGUAGAUAUGUUUCUAACAUUCGUCCUGAAGUAAAAACUCUACCUAGUCAAACUAAACAAUGCCAUGCUGGAAUCACAUUUGCUCGAAAAGAUGACAAAUGGGUUGUUAGGACUGUUAUUGUAGAGCACAGUCAUGAGCUGUGUCCACAAACCUCCAAUCUCAUUUGUGGCAAUAAAAAAUUGAACAUGCAAGCGAAACACACGUUGGAAGUUAACGAUGACGCUUUGGUGUACGUAUAA